AUGGAUGCUGUCGAUGCCACCAGCCACUACGAGAUCUACACCACCGAGGAGACUCCCUCGCUAUGCACCAUCAUCCUCGACACAAAUCCCAGGGCAUGGGCUGCCAUUAACAAUGUCCUGCCCAUCUCCAAGGCCAUCGCCAACAUCCUCGUCUUCGUAAACUCACACCUCGCCUUCAGCAACGCCAACUCGGUCGCUAUAAUAGCAUCCCACACAAACCGUGCAGUAUGGCUGUAUCCAAACCCUGUAGAAGCAAAAAAAUCCUCAAAGACUUCCGAAGAUGUUGAGAUGACGGACGUGGAUGCUCCUGCACCGAAGCAGAAGCGGCAGUCCGCCAACAAGUACCCCCAGUUCGCCGAGAUUGAGAACUCGCUCCUCAAGUCCCUCCGCGAGCUCAUCACCGCCACCACCGAGUCUGACCUGUUCACCACCACGACCCAGAUCUCCGGCGCCCUAACCCUCGCCCUCAGUCACAUCAACAAGGCGUCCAUCGCCCUGACCGCAACCAAGUCCGUCCCCUCCGCGAACAACCCCACGACCGUCACCGCCGACACGGGAGCCCUAGCCGGCCUGCACGCACGCAUCCUCGUCGUCAGCGUGUCCGACAGCGCCGCAUCGCAGUACAUACCCACCAUGAACGCCGUCUUCGCGGCCGCCCACGCCGGCAUCGCCAUCGACACGCUGGCCCUGCGCGGCUCCGCCACCUUCCUGCAGCAGGCGAGCUUCAUCACGCGGGGCACCUUCCUCGAGGCCAAGGAGCCGCAGGGCCUGCUGUCGUACCUGAUGUUCGGGUUCGCCUCCUCGUCGGCGCCAACGGCAGGCGGCGCGGGGACGGGCACGGGAGGCGCGAGGGACGAGGCCAGUCUCAACCAGCUAGUCAGCCCGUCGACGGACGUGGUGGACUUUCGAGCGGCGUGUUUCUGUCACCGCAGGGUAGUCGACACGGGGUUCGUGUGCAGUAUUUGCCUGAGCAUCUUCUGCGAGGUGCCAGAGAAUGCGGAGUGCCUGACGUGCGGGACGAAGCUGUCACUGGGCAGCUAUGGUGCCAAGCCGGCCGUGGUGCCACGGCAGAGAAAGAAGAAGAAGAGGCGGUUGGGCAUCAACGGCGAGGGAAGAGAAGAAACGGGGAGUGCAACGGGCACGCCGAGACCAGGGUGA